AUGUCUUCUUCAAGCCGCAUCGUUGAGUUCCCAACCAUUGAUGGUACGACCUUGAAUGGUCGCCUGUAUAGUGCGGGAGAGAACCGUCCAUGCAUUAUCAUGACUCCUGGGUUCUCUGGGCUAAAAGAGCAGUUCCUUUUCGAUUUCGCUCUUCGUUUCCAUAAGGCAGGUUAUACCACACUUGUGUAUGACAAUCGAAACUGGGGUGAAAGUGAAGGCAAGAUCAGAAAUGAAACAGACCCCUUGCAAUCGGUCCACGACUAUUAUGAUGCCUUUGAUUACGCUGCCUCUCUGCCUGAUGUGGACUCUUCCAAAGUCGUCUACUGGGGUAGCAGUCUCUCUGGAGGUGUGGCUAUCCAAGCGGCUGGUGUCGACAAGCGAAUCUCUGGGGUAAUUGCCCAAUCUCCCUUUGUGUCAGCUGAGGUCCAAAUCGAUCCAGCGACUGCACCGUUGGUCCCGGCUCUGUUCCAAAACCGUGCAGCUGUGCGAGCUGGACAACAAUCAACGAUGCUCCCGGUGUAUCCAGAGACCAUCGAGGAAGCGAAGAAAGGAAAUGCAAACGCAAUUAUGCAAGAUCCCAAUGUCUUUUCCUACAUCGACGAGGCUAAACGACGUGGGAUCACCCAGGAGCGAUGGGUAACUGCGCAGACCGUCUUGAAUAUAAAGCAUUUCGAGCCGAAAUACUUCUUGCAUAAAAUUUCCCCAACGCCAUUGUUGAUGGUUGUGGCAGAGCACGACACAACAACAUCUUCUGAGUCGCAGUUGGAGGCGUUUGAACUUGCCAAAAAACCGAAGAGUGUCCAUGUUAUCAAAGAUGUGGGACACUUUGAAAUUUACUUCGGACCGGCCUUCGAGGAGAACAUCCAGGUCCAACUUGACUUCCUCAAAACUACUUUUGCAGCAUAG